AUAUCGAAUCGAUUUGAGCAAACCACAGAAAUUUCCACCGCCCCCUCUUGAAGCAGAUAUGUAUGUAUAUGUACCUACAAAUCAACAAGUAAGGAAAACCACAGCAAGUCACAAAAAACAAUUCCCGAAGAGUUCCCUGCACGAACCAUAAACAUUGCCAGUUCCCCAGUUUACGCCGCUUAUCGCAAUUGAAGGGGGGGCUCGGUACAGGGGCAGUGACUGUCCCCUCCUCUGUGUGCGGUGGCGGAGCAGUUGCUGCCCCCCACCCGCAUUGAGUCAUUUACAUGAUCGCACCGAAAGCGGAGCACAAUUGGAGAAUAAAUACAUACAUAUAGCGCUCUCAGUGAUCACCACGUCGAACGUUUGAGGCUGCUGUGGCUCUGUCAGUCGUUGAUUAGCCCGCUCGCUGGUUAGACAUCGCCCAGAACACUUCAAAUCUUUGCUGCAAAAAUCGACAGCACUUUCAGUUCCCGGUUCCAGAUCCAGAAAAUCCCCUAGGUUUAGAACUGUUUAGAUUAGCUCAAGGAGAGAUAAGAAGUAGCUACUGAUAUAAAUUCCAGGCACUCCAUUGGGGUUCCAUUAUUCAAUUGGAGUAGAUCCAAGCAGCAACAUGUCCACAGAUAAGCAGCCCAUCACCGAGCAGAUCAACGAAGUUCGGACGCACAUUCUCCAGAGAUUGGAGAAGGAGCCGCCAGCAGAACCCUUCCAUCCCAACGACCUGAAGCGCUUGAACGACAGCGAUGUCUGGAUCACCAAACUGCUCGAGAUCUACGAGCUGGAUCUGGAGAAGUGCAAGAUUCGACUUUGGGACAAUCUCGUCUGGCGUCAGAGUUUCGGAGUAAACGAUAUCACAGAGAAAAACGUGAACCAGGAGUAUCUCACCGAUGGCUCCAUCUAUGUGCACAACAAGGACAAGGAUGGCAAGCCCCUGCUGAUCCUCAACAUUAAGAUGCACUCCAAGAGCAGGAAUCAAGAGGACCUCCUGCGAGUCCUUGUCUAUUGGGUGGAGCGCUUGGAGCGUGAGAAUGGCCUGGGCAAGAUCACCAUUUUCAUGGACAUGACUGGCUCUGGACUGAGCAACUUAGAUUUGGAGUUUAUCAAGGCUAUUAUUGGAAUGUUUGAGACCAAGUACCCCUAUGCCCCCAACUAUAUCCUGGUGCACGAGUUGCCUUUCCUGCUGAAUGCUGCCUUUAAGAUUGUCAAGGGCUUCCUGCCCGAACAAGCCUUGAAGAUCCUGAAAGUGACCACCAAGAAGGACAUUGAACAGUAUGUGGACAAGGACAACUGCCUGACGGUCUGGGGAGGCAAUGAUGAAUACGUCUAUAAAUUUGAGUAAAUCCAAACACAAAGCUGUGUAUGAUAGUGUAAAUAAUACGAUAUUUAUUUUCCUAAA